UACUUUGGAUCCCUUAGGUUGAACGACGAGUUCAUCACAACUGUCCAACAACGUGGCGCUGCAAUCAUCAAGGCUCGAAAGCUCUCAAGUGCCCUCUCUGCUGCCAGCUCUGCUUGCGAUCACAUUCGUGAUUGGGUUCUUGGCACUCCUGAGGGUACAUGGGUGUCUAUGGGAGUGUACUCUGAUGGGUCUUACAAUGUGCCCCCUGGUCUUAUUUACUCCUUCCCAGUAACUUGCCGCAAUGGAGAAUGGACCAUUGUUCAGGGUCUUCAAAUUGAUGACUUUUCAAGGAAGAAGUUAGAUGCCACUGCUGAUGAGCUGUCUGAGGAGAAGUCCUUGGCCUACUCAUGCCUGAACUGAUCACAGUAUUGUCUUGUCUACCAUUGUGGUUCGCCUCACCCCCCAUUUCUCUUCUCUUCUCUUCUCUUCUCUUCUCUUUUCUCUCUGAGUCAUUCAAGAUUUUGAGUGCAAUGGAAGUUUGAAUAAAGCUCAUGGAACUGUAUUAAUGGGGCCGUUACAUUUUAUGCCCCCUUUGGUUGUAGCUGUCAGGCAAUAGCCCAAAGUUUUGAACUUCAUAAGAGUAUUUUUCUUCUUUCUUUGUUUUAACAUUUGAUAUGACGCUGCAUUUCAUGAUCAUUCACA